AUGUGUAGCCUGGUUUUGCUAGAAAGACAAGGCCUCUGCGUUCUCCUUAUUUUAUCAUUCUGCUACGUUGGAGGAAAAUCUGAGAUUAAAAAAUCUGAACCUUCAGCAUCCACCAGCCUGCCAGGCAUCAAACCUUUCCAUGAUGAAAUUGAUCAACCGCAGGCUUUCCCCGAUGAGGAGAGGGCCAGUCUUCCUGUAUUUACAAUGGACUAUCCUCGUAUUCAAGUCCCCUUUGAAUUCACGCUGUGGGUAUUGCUGGCCUCAUUUGCCAAAAUUGGAUUCCAUAUUUACAAAAAAAUCACGAUCUGGAUCCCCGAGUCCUGCUUGCUGAUUUCCAUCGGCCUCAUUGUUGGCGCCAUCAUGCACUCCGUCAAAGAGGAACCACCAGCUGUGCUCACGUCCAACGUCUUUUUCCUCUACAUGUUGCCGCUUAUUGUCUUGGAAAGUGGCUAUUUUAUGCCCACAAGGCCCUUUUUCGAGAAUGUUGGCACAGUGCUUUGGUAUGCAGUUGUAGGAACUCUGUGGAACAGCAUUGGAAUUGGCCUCUCACUCUUUGCCAUUUGUCAGUUGGAGGUUUUUGGAGUUCAAGAUAUAAACUUGCAGGAAAAUUUGUUAUUCGCAUCCAUCAUCUCUGCUGUGGACCCUGUGGCUGUGCUUAAUGUGUUUGAUGACAUUGACGUUAAUGAGCAGACCCACAUUGUCAUAUUUGGAGAAGGACUCUUCAAUGAUGCUGUCACUGUGGUACUUUACAGCAUGUUUUCCUUUGUGGCAGAAAUGUCAGCCUUUGAAUCCACAGAUGUGUUUCUGGGGGUGGCCCGGUUCUUUUUAGUGGGGGCCGGUGGUGUCUUCUUCGGCCUGGUGUUUGGCUUUGUAGCGGCCUUCACUACACGUUUCACCCACAACGCACGACAAAUCGAACCCCUCUUUGUCUUCAUGUUCAGCUACUUGGCAUACCUGGUGGCCGAGCUGUUUGCCAUCUCAAGCAUUCUUGCGAUUGUAACAUGUGCAAUAACCAUGAAGUACUACGUUGAGGAGAAUGUGUCUCAGAGGUCAUGCACGACUAUUCGUCAUGUGGUCAAGAUGUUGGCCACUAUCUCUGAAACCCUCAUCUUUUUCUUCCUGGGGGUUGUGACCAUUACAAGCGAACAUGAGUGGAACUGGGCCUACAUCUUGUUCACGCUCUUGUUUGCUCUCCUCUGGAGAGGAAUCGGCAUCUUGGUUCUGUCCCAGAUUGUCAACCCAUUCCGGACUAUCCAUUUCACCUUCAAGGACCAGUUUGGUCUGGCCUACGGAGGCGUUCGAGGCGCCAUCUGCUUCGCUUUGGCCUUUACUCUACCUGAGACGAUUAACAGGAAGAAUUUGUUUGUCACUGCUUCCAUCGCUAUAAUUAUAUUCACAGUGUUUAUACAGGGGAUCAGUAUUCGUCCCAUUAUAGAAUAUAUUAAUAUCAGGAGGACCAACAAAGACUUGGGCACCAUCAAUGUAGAAAUACAUAACAGGGUAAUGGAGCACAUUGUUUGCGGCAUUGAGGACUUGUGUGGGCAAUGGAGUCACUAUUAUUGGAAAGACAAGUUUAAGAAGUUUAAUGAUCGUAUUUUGAGACGCAUCCUCCUUCGAGACAACAGGGCCGAAUCCAGUAUUGUGUCUCUGUACAAGAAACUUGAGCUGCAGACAGCCAUUGAUUUGCUGGACACAUCCGUGGGCGACCUGAGUGCAGCACCAUCCAUUGUGUCUCUUCAUGAUGAAAGGAAGGAUUCGUCUAAACCAAAAAAGAAUUACAUGGCCGCUGAUGUUAGGAAGAUGCAUGCCAUUCUGUCUAAGAAUAUGUACAAAAUAAGGGAAAGGACGAUGGCUUACACCAACAAAUUCAGCCAACCUGAAAAUAGCCGAGCCAGGGAGAUUCUGCUUCGUCGGCACGCGAGUCUCCGACGCAGCCUCCGAACUGCAAGUGUUCGUGAGAUGUCUGCUGAGAAUUUAUCCAAAUCCCAGAAAUACUACUCACUGCAGCCCGGAGGGGAUCCGGAGAUUGCUUUUGCUCUGAGAAGGCGGACUCCAGGCAAGUUCAUUAAGAUUAAAUUUGGAAGUUACCGGCCACAGUCCUCAUCCCGUGCCGUAAUUCCAAUGAGAAGGCUGAACACUGUCAAGGAGUCCACCCGUGCACUAGGACAGCCUGGUUCGUCUCCUGAGGUGGAUGUUCUGGAUGAGAGACAUCCCAGGGGUCCAGUUGCAGCCCCACGGAAGCACAACUUUAAGAUGGACCGGCCCUCAGGAGAGAAAGAAAAAAUUGUUGCCCCCCCCCCCUUACCGACGCCACCUGGCUGGGUUGCUGAAAACCAGAACAUCAGGGACUACGAGACAGAAGAUCCAUUACUUGGACCAUUGACACGGGGAUCUCAAAGCACAAGGAGAACAUGA